UUGAGGUUAUUUUUGUUUGUUGGUGUUUUGUGUUAUGAAAUUUUGAAAAUUUCUUGGAGAUCGAUCGAUUUAUUAUUUCCUCAAGUACCUGAUUAAAAUAAGUUCAAAAUGAGAUUUACAGUUAAAAACGUAGGCAUUGGUUGCGAGCGCACUGGUAUAUUGACCGGUUUCACUAAAUCUAAUGUUGUUAUUGAAACACCUACUGCCGCACUUCUCACCCAGGGUGCCAGUGUCGUCAAUCUAACAGCAGAAGUAUUAUCCAAAGUGUUCACCACCCCACAGUUACUGUGGGUGCCACUCUGCAACUCUUCACAUCUAGAAAACGGUGUAAAAGCGCAGGGAGAAGGGAUCGCCAAGUUUGCUGGACUGCCCAAUCACAUUACAUGCACCACACUGCAUAACACUAAUGAAUUGACCCAGAAGGGUCAUUUCGAGGGAAAAAUGGCUCCUCUGUGGACUAAGCAAGGGAAGAAAAUGAUAACAGCUGAUCGAUAUAUGGAUUACAUGGAAGCAUUCAAACCGGAUAUUAUGUUGGCGAUUGCAGAUGGUCGCACCACUUUAGCUGAUGGUUACAAAAGAAAUGUUAAAGCCGUUGAGAGGAGCCUUUUCUAUUUUGAUACUUGCAUGUAUCGAUAUAAAGCCUCAGAUGCAUUAAAAAGUACAGCACUUGUAGGUGUAAUAGUUGGUACUGGGAAUCCCAAAAAAUGUUCUGAUUGUAUUGAUCACAUUUUAAAAUACAAAGAUCACCUACUUGGUAUUGCAUUAGCAGGCAUAACCGAUGGAACGGAAGAGUCGAUGAAUGUGCCAGUAAAAGAUUUGGAACAUAUAUUUCGGACUGUUGGUAAAGCUCUCCCCGACGAUAUGGUACACUUUGUAGAAGGCUGUUGGAACCCUGAAAUUAUCAUGAUAGCCAUAGAACAUGGCUGGGACGUAUUUGAUGGAACUUACCCAGUAAAACUGACCAAUUCUGGUCAAGCAUUGGCUUUCAAUUUUGAUCUCACCCAAAAUAAUGAAGACAUGUGCAUAUUAGAUCUGAUUGAUGAAAGGUAUAGCGACGAAUUCAAACCUAUUUUGAAAGGCUGUGAGUGUCUCACGUGUAAGAAACAUACUAGGGCAUACAUUCGGCAUCUUCUGAACACAAGGGAAAUGCUAUCAAACGUCUUACUGAGCAUACACAACCUGCAUCAUUUCGACCAGCUGUUCGUUCACGCUCGACGUCACAUCGCAGAACGCACAUACGAAGCGUACAAAAACCAUAUAAUUACACAAUUUAGACUAUUGAAGGAACAACAAACAGAAGUGAAAAAACCUGAAGUCCCUGAGAAAGAAAUUGAACAGAUGAAAAAGAAGAUGUGUGUGAGUAACGGGGACUUACCCAAAGUAGUUAACGGUAGUGGUUAGUGUAACUUGAUGUACAACUUUAGUGAGAGUAGAUGUAGUUUUGUUUGUACUUACGUUUAAUUAUCCAAGACUAGUAUCCUAAUACUAAACAAGCUGUAAAAAUGAAUUGUAUAGAUACUUACUAGUGCGUUUUGUCGGUUAUUAAACGUUGGAAGUGAUAUUUUGUCGACUACAAUAUUCGUAGGCUUCGUACAUUUGCUCCUCUCGCUCGCUCACGUUGCGAUGAUAUGAGAUGGUGAUUUGUAAGUUAAACUUUUUUGUGAAUAAUAUCACAGUUCAACAGAGCUUGUCUAGUAGAAGUAGUUCAUAUAAGUCUUUUAUUGAUUCAUUUAGAAACAUGUACCAUUUUUUAAAACAUUGCUCAAACUGUGCGAGUUUUUUUUCAUGUUCAGAAAAUGAGACUGGCCAUAAACGUUCUGUGAUUUUUAUUUGAUUGGAAAGCAAAAAUUCUUGAUGCUGUAAAAAGAUACAUUUUUAUAACUAUCAGCCUGUCAUAUUAGUGUAAGAUUAUGAUUAAAAUUUAAGAUAAGUGAAAAGAAAUCGAACUAGAUUCUACAAAGUAGGUAGGUAUAAAAAUUCUAUAAUAAUUUACAAAUAAUUCGAAAAAAAAGAUACAUCAUUUAACAAGAUAAUUCAUUCAUUGCAUUUAUUUUAAUGGGUUGUAACUUGUAACUUAAAACACUCUUUUUCAAAACAUAGAAUUUCCAACUCCAUAAACCACGGGCAUGAUCAUAGUAAUCCAUGAAACAUAGUUUUUACGUUUCUAACAAAUGUCAGUUAAAACAUACUGUGAUGUUUUACCGGCUAGAUUGCAUAAAUGAAACCAACAAAGUAAUAAUAGCUAUUUACCUACUAAAAUAGGAUAAAAGAUGUUCAAAAUAACCAGAAAAUUAUGUAAAAACCUCACAAUGAAGUGAUGCAAUUUUUCAGUUAGUUGGGUUUUUUGACAUAAUUUAACAUGUUAUAUUAAUUAAUCGAACAGAAAACUAAAAAAUAUUGCAAGAAAUGAUAUAAAAAUUAGUAUUCUAGAUGCGGACUUUGUCUACUUGGUGAAAUAUUUGGUAUAUUUCUUGCGCUAUCUUUAGCGCACUGAUUCACAUAGAUUAUUAUUUAUUAAUUAUUAAAAAAACCUAUGAUUUUUUAAUGUUAGCAAUUUACGAAAACCCCAUUAAAUGAACAUUACGUAAAGUAAGUCUUGACAGCAUUAUAAAAAGUAUGUCAAUUGAAUGAUCAACUCCUUAUCAUAUCUAAAUUACGAUUAUUCGUGUCUAAAAAAGUGGUUGGUAUUUGUUUUAUUUCAAUACAAUAAUUGAUUAAAGAAUCUAUUGUUACUUUGUUGGUAAAAUUAAUAAAAACAGCUGCCAUUUAGUGACGUAUGUAAAAUCGGAACACUCUUUUAUUUAAGAUUUAAGAAGUAAGUAGUAUAAGUAAUAAGUACUAAUGCAUAAUAAUAUGUAGUUAGAACCGAGUUUACAGUAUUUUUUUUCCAAAAUCUGACCAAAUCGAAUUUUCAUUUUAACCAAAAAUAUACGCUGCGAUAACAUUUACACUAGUACCUAUAGUUAUGUGAACUAAUUUAAUAUGCUUGGAGUAUAAUAUUAAGGUGUAACUAAAUUGUUGUUUUAAUUUAUUAUUUGUCGUAUUAUUAAGAUGUAAGGCCUACAAAUACCUGGCGCGUACCUAUACAUUCGGUUUUAGCACAGGUACAGACGACAGCACAUCAAGCUUGUCACUGUCGUAUUUUAUACAAUGGUAAUAGGUGCUAUUUUGUAACAAAAAUGAAUAGUUUGAUGCGCUGUUGACUGUUUCUACCUAUAGUCAAACGAUUCUGAAACGUCAAGCGGUAAAAAAUGAAACUAAUAUGGAUGAACUACACUGAAAUGUCCCACUAAACUCAUUGACAGGGAGGCGCCACCAUGUUUCAACUAUACAGGAUGUCCCAAAAAUUAGUGUCAAACCGAAGCCCAGAGGCAGAGCAUCACUAGGGCUAUCCAAAUCACCCCCAUGUAUGUUCUGCGAUUUUUGAUAGUGUUUGAGUUAUGAUU